CACCGGGCUGUUGGGGAAACACGGAAACACACACACAUACACACACUGGGCAUGGCGGACAGGCUUCCUCAACUACAGACAGUGUGUGAGUGAGAGAGAGAGAGAGAGAGAGAGAGAGAGAGACGCCCGUGUGUUUACAGUAGCUGGAUGUGCAGCGACAGCUGAGCUGGACUCGUAACCCGGCGUUGGGAUGCGGAUUUCCUCUGUCAGGGCCCGAGAUCCUGCUGAGAUGGAAUGGUGCAGGAAAGUACUGACACAUCCCGCGGCCUGAACACACACCACAACAUGGAGAUCCAUCCGCUAUGCACCAAACUUUGCCAUCAUAAAGCUUUGGAGCUGAAAGAUGAUGUGUGUGAGAAGCAGAGCGCAGUCACUAUUAACCCUCGACACAUGAAGAAAGCUUUCAGGAUCAUGAACGAGUUGCGCAGUCAGAGUGUGUUGUGCGACGUGACCAUUGUAGCUGAGGACGUGGAGAUCGUGGCACAUCGAGUGGUCUUGGCAGCCGGGAGCCCGUAUUUCCAUGCCAUGUUUACAGGUGAGAUGAGUGAGAGCAGACAGAAGAAGGUGAGGAUAAAGGAGAUAGACGGCUGGACGCUGGGGAUACUGAUUGAUUAUGUUUACACUGCCGAAAUACAGGUCACUGAAGAGAAUGUACAGGUGCUGCUGCCAGCCGCUGGUCUUCUCCAACUGCAGGAGGUGAAGAAAGCAUGUUGCGAGUUUCUCUCCACUCAGCUCCACCCCACAAACUGCCUCGGAAUCCGGGCGUUCGCUGACCUACACGCUUGCUCUGAUCUCCUCAACCUGGCCAACUCAUAUGCAGAGCAGCACUUCUCAGAGGUGAUGCAGAGUGAGGAAUUCCUCAAUCUGGGCAUGGAGCAAGUGUGCAGCCUUAUAGCCAGCGACAAACUCACCAUACCUUCUGAAGAGAAGGUGUUCGAAGCGGUCAUCGCGUGGGUCAAACACGAUAAGGACGUGCGACAGGAACAUAUGUCUCAUCUGAUGGAGCAUGUGCGCCUGCCCCUCCUCUCCAGAGAGUACCUCGUACAGAGGGUGGAGGAGGAAACGCUGGUGAAGAACAGCAGUGCUUGUAAAGACUACCUGAUCGAAGCUAUGAAGUAUCACCUGCUGCCAGCCGAGCAGCGCUCCAUGAUGAAGACUGUCCGCACCAGAGUACGCACACCGGUCAGCUACCCGAAGGUGAUGGUGGUUGUUGGGGGCCAAGCGCCAAAAGCCAUCCGCAGCGUUGAAUGUUAUGACUUCGAAGAGGAGAGAUGGUUCCAGGUGGCAGAACUUCCAUCCAGACGAUGUCGAGCAGGUGUAGUGUACAUGGGAGGCAUGGUGUAUGCUGUGGGAGGUUUUAACGGCUCUCUGCGUGUCAGGACAGUGGACGCGUACGACCCUGUGAAAGACGAGUGGUGUUGUGUGAGCAGUAUGCAGGACCGGAGGUCCACACUAGGUGCCGCUGUUCUCAACGGACUUCUUUAUGCCGUGGGUGGUUUUGAUGGCAGCACAGGUCUGGCUACUGUUGAGGCGUACAAUUCGAAGACCAACGAAUGGUUCCACAUUGCUCCUAUGAACACCCGGCGCAGCAGCGUUGGUGUGGGUGUGGUCGGAGGUAUCCUGUAUGCAGUCGGUGGGUAUGAUGGAGCGACACGCCAGUGUCUGAGCACCGUCGAGGCGUACAACCCGAACACCAACGAGUGGUCAUACAUAGCAGAGAUGGGCACGCGGCGCAGCGGAGCAGGGGUGGGUGUGCUGAAAGGUCUGCUGUAUGCUGUGGGUGGGCAUGACGGCCCGUUAGUCAGAAAAAGCUGUGAAGUGUACGACCCCGUCUCUGGGACCUGGAAACAAGUGGCUGAUAUGAACAUGUGUCGCCGGAACGCAGGAGUGUGUGCAGUCAGCAAUCUGCUGUAUGUGAUCGGGGGCGACGACGGCUCCUGUAACCUGUCCUCGGUGGAGUUUUAUAAUCCCAGUACGGAUAAGUGGACCAUAUUGCCAAGCUGCAUGAGCACCGGGCGCAGCUACGCAGGUGUGACCAUUAUUGAUAAACCUCUCUGAGCAAUUGAAGAGUUGAAACUCUGUUGAAGUGGAAGCUGAGAAUAAGCUAAUGUGAUGCUGUGGAGUGGCUCACACUCAAGACGAGGCUGAAGCUUCCUCCUGGAGCUGCUUCAUGAUUCAGAAGGCCUGGACAACACUGCUCUCUUUCUCUCUCAGUCACUCUCUGUCUCUCUAUCUUUCUCUUCCUGUCUCUUUGUAAACCAUUUGAUUCUUUCCUUUUUUUUUUUUUUUACUCAUUUUCUAUUUUUUUUUUUUUUUUUUUAUCUUUUUUUUUUUCCCACAAAUUUCUCACACAUUUUCCCAUCUUACGUUCUCUCUCUUCCUCUCCCUCUCUCUCUCCUUUCUUUUAUUUGAGAGUAGUUACAGUAUGAUGAAGAUUCUUGCACUUUUUCAGUGAAGUACUAACCAAGUGUGACGAUUCAAACUCUAACGUAACUGAAGAAUCGUUUUUGAAACACUAGUGUAAUCUUCCAACAUCUGUUUCUGGGGACGAUAGUCAACCUAUAAGACCUGAAGGAACCCCUCGCUUAUUGUUGAUGUAUUUGCCUGGGGAAUGAGACUUUCUUACAAAUGGACCGAAUCUCCAAAAGUCACUGGACUGAAGAGAUGAUUUUAUGAAGGACGGACGGAUGGAUUAGAUGGCUGAUGUUUGAUUUUAGGGCAGGAAUGAAAGCUGCUAUAAUCUACAAGCAAAAGCUGCAUCGGUGAACAUGAAUGGGAGACUUGCACAUGCAUUUCUCGAGUUUAUUUGCCAAACCAUGUUUCAAAAAAGUCUUAAUGCUGAACUUUUCUUCGUUUCUUAUGCAACGUGUCUUUUAACCGCGAUUCGGCUGGAUGUGAAUAUCGGUUCUGGAUGUACCCAUGAUGCACUGCUCUGCUGCUGCGUGUGUCUGAGCAUGUGUAUCGUUUCGGACUGCUGCUGGCUGCUCAGCUAAGGAAGCGCUUCUGCAUGGAUUUAGGUUUUGUUUGUGUGUGUGUGUGUGUGUGUGUGUGUGUGUGUGUGUGUGUGUGUGUGUGUGUGUGCUGUUUUUAAACUACUGCUGUCAUGUGUUCAGUGAAGAAUGGGACGCUGUGUCACUCUGCCAACCGCUGAACACUGACCAGACGUGUGCAAAUUUUCUCUUUCUUUUCUUCCUUUCCUUUUAUCUUCUGUAACUUUUAUAAUCUUGGUUGUGUACUCUCUCUCUCUCACUCUCUCUCUAUCUCUCUCUCUCUCUCGCUCUCUCUCUUUCUAGUAUUUAUCUAUUAUUAAUUAUUGUAAUCAAUAUUAAAGCUAGGUGUCUGUCGAGGAAUGCAGCGCACUCAAACCAUUUCAUAAUGUGUUUUAUAUCAUGAAUAAUAAACAUGCUUCUUGUAUUUAAA